AUGCAGAGGUGCACUAGUUUCCUGUUUCUGUCUUUAAUCCUUUGUGCCACCCUGUCAGAAACAGUUGGACUGGUUUUCUCAGCAAAAGAAAAAAGGGGUUGGACUUUGAAUAGCGCUGGUUACCUGCUUGGGCCACGUCGUAUUGAUCAGCUUUUACUGAUAAACGAAAUGCCCACUGCAAGGGGGAGAGAAGAGGCACCAGGGGCAUAUGCAGUAGAUAACCACAGAUCUUUUAAUGACAAACAUGGUUUCACUGGCAAACGUGAAAUACAGCCUGAGGAGGAUAUUAAAGCAGGGAAUCUUGGAAGACAACUGGCUGAUGAAAACAUUGUGCGCACAAUAAUUGAAUUUUUGACUUACUUGCAUCUUAAAGAGGUGGGAGCACAUGACAAGCUACCUUCGUCAGGGGAAACAAACCAGACUUGA